UCGGUUGGGGAAGACGUUUUUUUCCGAUUUUCGGAGAGUAAUGUGGGUGUUUUCCGCGGCGCGGAUGUGAAAGUUUCUUGUGUAAACUACUAUUUAUUGGAAAUAAAAAGAAUGGUUUAAGACAAAAGCACUUGCAAUUUGUUGUUAAUUGCUGAAGCGUAACGGCAAAUACCGAGCGCAUCCAUUGUUCGUGUGUGCCAAAUCUACAGCAACAUAAGCUAUCAAUCAGUCAGUCAUACGUAUAGUCAGACAGUCAUUGAAUCACACAUGCACUUGCGAAUCAAUUGCACGGAAUACCUACAAAAACAACAAUAACAACAACAACAUACAAAUGUAGCAAAUCAAGAGCGUCGGAAAAGGUCGUAUUGAAAAUUUGCAUUUGCUCAUUGUAGUGAAAAAUCAUAAACAACAAUAAUAACCAACCGAAACAAAACACCAAAGGAUUCAUGUUUUAAAUACAACAAGCAAAUAAAGUGAUUGUUUUACAAUUUCUCCCGCUGAAAUUGCAACAAACAUACGAAGAUCAUAAAAUGCACCAAAAAACAAUAAAAACACUGAAAACUACAAAUGCAAAAGCUGUGAAAAUGCCAAUGACAGCCAGCAAUCGCACAGUGCAGCGCCAUACCAGUGAUCAUACACGUUGCCAUAUCUCCGGCUGGAGUGCGCUUUUUGUGCUCUUGGCCUUGAGCACUUGGGCCAGCCAAACGCAAGCGUUCGAUUUGGGCAACGAGUUGAAUCUCAAGCCGACAAACUACGCGGAAUGGAACAAAAAUGUCACGUACGUCAGUUCAACCGCCUAUAAUGCGCGUGGCAUGCAGCCACUUUACGAAAUCACACAUAAAAUUAUUUGGUUCUUCACCGGUGAACAUCCACUGCCAGAAGGUUACCUCGUAGUCAAGGAAAACGAUAUAGAAUUCGGUCCGAAAGUCGAACGCAAUGAAUGGAUUGAUUUAGUCAAACAUUAUUGGUUAAUAUGGCUAAUUGUCUUGCUCGUUGGCCUGCUAAUUGUUACAAUGCCAGUUGUUGGUUUAUGCUUUUGCUGUUGUCGCUGCGCUGGUGCUUGUGGUGGACGCUCGGAGCCGUUUGACAAGAAACACGACACCUGUCGCCGUGUGUUCUUGGGAUUCUUGCUUAUAAUAUUGGCAACAGGUUUGCUUUUCGGUGUUAUAGUCACAUUCGCAACGAACAGUUAUAUGCAACAGGGUAUUGAGAACAGCACAAAUCGUGUACGUGAUGCCAGCGUUGACACGCGCAAAUUUCUGGAAUCCACAUCGGAACAGGUCGAUCACGUGCUCAUCACGAACUACAAACAAUUGUCAAUUCAGCUGGACAAUAUUAUGCGCGAAACAUCGAGUUUCAUCAUAAAAGAGUUGGAGCAGAAAUCGAUGGCUGUUUCGCUCAUCUAUCUAACAGACUUUCUUGAAAAACUGCCAGAGCUUAGAUUAAAAUUACAGAAGAUGAAGAGCAUCACCAAUGAUUUGCGCGUCUACGCUUCACAGUUAAGCGAUGGCUUGCGUGGCGUAAAGCGUGAUUUAUUGGUUAUGCUGACCAAAUGCAACAACAAAGCAUGUCAGGAUGUGCUCAACAAGUACGAGAUCGGGAAGCUUGAUGCUAACGGUAUACACUACGAUCAGAUGGUAGACCGAUACUUUCCGAAGCUUCCGGAUGUAACAGAAAUCAUCGACAAUUUGGAUAACUUGAUAAGUAAGGACAUAGCCUCGGCUGGCAAGCGUGGACGUGAUAUACUGAAUCAAAUGCGCGCACAUCUCAAUACAACAAUUGCAAAAUAUACACCAAAAAUCAUUGAUUCCAUAAAUAAAGCAGGUCAUGCUUUCCAACACGCCUCAAACGAAAUCAAAUUGGAGCUUAACAAACUUUCUCAAGUUAUUAAAGACAAUACUAAAAAGUACACCGGCGUAGCCGAUGACUAUUUAGAAGAAUAUGGACCAUAUCGCUUUUACUUUGGCAUCGCUGUAUGCUCAAUAUUGUUACUGAUUUUGCUUUGUGUGGUCGCUGCUUUGUUGUGCGGCAUUUGUGGCAAACGGCCGGACGGUUAUGGCGAUGACUGCUGCAAUAAGGGCUCAGGCUCACGUUUCUUGAUGAUGGCUGUAGCGCUGAUUUUCCUCUUUAUGUCUUUGAUUGCUUUGGUAACACUGGUGCACUUUUUGAUCGGUCUAAUCGCCUAUCGCGGCGUAUGUCUUCCACUAAAGGACCCUCAAAAUGACGAAAUAUUCGCACAAUUCGACAAUUCGAUCGACUUAAAUAAUGUGCUUUAUCCACCGCAAAACAAAGGCAAACCGACCUCGGGUGGUUUACCACCACUGCGCAUUUCACACGUGAUCACCGCCUGCCAACGCAAUCAAACGAUCUACGAAGUGUUGCACAUACAUAAUCGCAUUGACAUUCACGAAAUUAACGAUUAUCCUGCACAAUAUAAAAUCAAUCAGACACUAGACGAUCUGGUAGAUGGCAUAUCAUUUGACGACAGCGAUAUCGAGAUUUUAAGUGCGGAGGAUAAACAACGCAUACUCAAUUUGGCCGAUUCCGCAUUGAAGAAUUUCGACUCCGCUCAAUAUAUAGACAAUCUGAACGACACCAUCACAAAACAUUCGUUAACAGAAAUUGCUCAAGAAUUGCGUCAGACCGCGAAGAAAAUCGACAAAAGUGAGGAUAUGAAAGAUGUGCAGGUUAGUCUGCGCAAUCAGGCAUUGCAUUUGGAGACCUACGAACAAAACUGGGUAAUACCAAUGAAGAAUCAAUCGGUGGAACUUAUACGGCUUGCCAGUGACUUAGAUCAUAGUUUGCGCUAUAAGGAUCGUCCAUUCCACGAAUCCAUACCGUUGCUGGUCAGUGAGAUUGAGCGUGCACAGUUAUUCUUCCGCGUGGACGGACGACAAUUCGUUAAGAAUACCGCAGUAAAUUUGACGCACUAUUUUGCCAGUGAAAUAGAGAACUACUUGAGAAUGGUUGUGGUGGCAGUGGAGAAGAAAAUUGGCUUAUGUGCGCCACUAGCGAAUGUCUAUGACUCUGGUGUGGUGGGAUUAUGUAGUGCUAUUGUAGAUCCAUUGAAUGGAUUCUGGUCUGGUGCCGCUUUGUGUGUUGUACUCUUUUUGCCAACGCUGCUGGUGGCAGUCAAAUUGGCUAGUUUAUAUCAGAAGUCUGACCCAUAUCCCGGUCCACUAGUGGAAUCGGAGUAUUUGUAUGACGCAUAUAGUGAACGUGAUCAUAUUCCAUUGGCAAAUGGGCCAAAGAACAAGCGCCGAAAGAAUAAAGACCGUCGACGCGGUCGUGAAUACUACGAGGAUCCAGUCGCUUCCACGGCGCACGGUGUGCCACCAACAGUCGGUGUGCGUGACACGCGUUACAGCGACAUGGCACCCAAGCAUUGGGAUGGCGGCCCGCCGAGAUACCAGAAUCCACCAAUGGCACCACCUGCCUCCGAGUACGAACGCCCACCGCCAUAUUACUAUCCGGGUGCCACGGAGCAAGACUAAGUAAUACAGAUUGAGAUACAUUUUUAAAAUGUCGCCAACAAACAAGUAAAGAAAGCAAGCACCAACAACAACAACAACAUAAAAAUAAGCAACAAAUGCAAUAACAACAAAAGCAGUGAGCAGAGACAAAUUGAACACUUGUGAAAUGCCUGUGCCGUUGCAGCGGAGGCGAGAGACGACUCCCAGCAACAAUAACAAAUUAAUUAUGUGGCAUGAGGUGCACAUUGCGUGCGUCCAAAAGUUAUUAAUAGCGUAUUUUCUAAAACGCAUUUGUUUUUGAUUUUGCUACUUUGAAAAACUUGUGGAAUUCAAAUUGAUUGCGGCAGCCGCGGCACACUUGCCCACAACACAACAGUUUUUCUACUCUCAAAAAAUAUAAACAAACAAUCAAAAACGAAGCAUAUUUUAGCGAAUAAUAAAAAAAAGAAUAUUAAAGAACUUACAAAAAGCAAGUGAAAACAUUUUCUUGAUUGCACAUAAAAAUACUGUUGGUUUCAAAAACCGAAAAGCGUGUGGAAAAGUUAUAGCUACAUAAAUAUAUAAAGCAAAAAAGAAAACAAAGGAUAAAAAAACGAAAAUAAAAACACAGCCAUUAUGCAUUUUCAUUCCAGCGCCCCCGACACCCAUACACACAUAUGUAGUAGAUACUCGAAAAUCGUUUCGAUAAUCUCAAGUAUUUUAGUUAGUUUUAUAUUGAAGUGUUAUUCAAAAAUAUAUAUGUGUAUGUAUUGUAUAUGUGAAAUGAGACUGUAUUUGUUAGAUUUUGUAAACACUUUUAAUGAGUUAAUGAGUUCAUGUCUCAUUAGCUACAUAUAUAUAUAUAUAUUUACCUAGGUACUCAGACACACACACACACAACGUUAUUUUUAAACAUGCCACGAUUCGUGUAUUUCAAUUUUAGUAAUAUAAUGAAAAUAAAUAAUUAAUAUUAAUAUUGAA